GGAUGGGGGAAUUGGAGCUAACCAGGCGCAGGUAGGCCUGGACUUGGCUGGCUUGAUGUUGUCUGGAGAUAUUAGCGGCUAACAUGAGGAUGGUGCUCGAAACGGCAUCGAGACUGGCUAAGAAGGGAUGGGAUGAUGCACAGAUGGCCUGUCUCUUUCUAUCGAAGCUAGUCGCACGCUGUGGCGUUCACCUUCUCUAUUAUUGCAGAGGUUGGGUUUGAAACUGUCUGAAUGGGCUUCUCUUUAAUCGUUGCUUAUACUGUAUAUAUGGUUGUCCUGUUUACUGUUUCCUGGUGUACUGCCCAACUACUAGUGUUAAAUACUGAGAGAAUGACUACCGUUUAUUUUUUUUUCUUUCUGGGUUUUACAAUACGGUACCGCUCCGCGCGUGUUCUUCUAUCCUGUCUGUUACUAAAUAGUAACCCCGUCACAGCCAAGACAGAUCUUCUUGAGAAAGAUGGGCAGCAUAGACAGGAAAGACAGAAUAGUAAGAGCACGCGUGGAAAUGGAGCGGCUGGUGCCAGGAUCGGGAAGAAUGCGUUACGCAUACUCUUGAACACAAAAUCGUGCCCAAGAGUUAUGUGGGACUCUGCGACCAUCUCUCAAUGGUCGCCAUACCCACUAAGACCCGACCUCAACCAAAGGCAGCCCGAGGGCAACCCCCGUAUUGAUGGUUUGUCAGCGUGGUCGCAUGAUCCACCCGUCUUGUCUCCGAGGGCUCUGUGGCCGCAGAGCCCAUCUUCGGCAAGACGGUCGGUCGCGCGGACUCUUGUCAACUCCGUCGCUACCGGCCCAGUGCAACGGCACGGCCUGCCGGCGCGCGUGUUUCAGAGACGCGACAACUUAGACGUUUUAAAUCCGUUGAGCAACCUGGCUAAAGAAGAAUCUCAUCAGAUCGACCGCCCUGGUCACCAGCACCCAUGACCUGCAGGGCGCUGAGGGCGGUCAUGCAGCGUACCGAGCCGGCAAAGGAGUAUCUCCCUGAGCAUAUAC